GCAAAAAAAACAUGCAAACUACGAGCAGCAUAGACAUACUUUGAGCAGUGGCCGUCCGUUGUUGGCAAAGCAACAAGGAAUCAUAUUGCCAACCACCACAAGUGGCCGUCCAUGAAAUUCAAGUACUUUGAGCAGUUCAACCUCCCCCUUCAGCUAGGCCCGCUCGUGCUCCAUGCCCCGGAUGGCAACGUAUUCCUCAUGAACUUGACACCCGUGGAGCCCCUGGGGCACACCAUCUCCCUCGUCUGCAUCCAGCCAGAGGCCACGGACUCGAGGUUUGGGUGCUCCAUGGUCUUCUCGUGCUUCACGGGCCACCACCAGAUCUCAACGCUGGAUGUCGUGAGAAGCUCGUCCCUGUCUGAUGGGAUGCCAAAGGACUUCUUCUGCGUCGUGCCCAAGUCUAGAGGCAUUGCUAUAUUUCUCCGAACCACCAUAGAUAACGAGCUGGUGUAUGACGACGAGGACGAGCUGGAGGAUGAGGAUGAUGAUGACGAGAGCUACGACGAGGACGAAGAUGAGGAAGAAGAUUCCGACGAUGCUUAAUCCGAUCCAUCGGAUGAUCUAGGCAGUGCUCUUCUAGUCUAGAUUUAUAAUUAUUUAAGGUUGGGAUCUUCGUCUGGACUCUGGACUCGUCGAUGUCUAAGCAAACUAUGGUUUAUUUGAU